AUGGCGGAACUCCACGUUAUGCCAUCUUUUGAAGAUGAAAUUGACCAGCCUCCGGGAACUUUCAAACUGAUCCGAGAGGACGAGACAGAUGUGCAUGGGCAACACAUUGUCAUCCUCGACCCGAUUCCCUCCUUCGACCCAAAUGAACCUCUAAACUGGAGCGCGAUGCGCAAAUCAGUCAAUUUUACGAUUGUUUUGGCCAUGACUAUUGUCAUCUUCACAGCAAUUUCUAUCCAACCCAUCUUUUGGCAGCAGAUGGCUAUUGAUAUGGGGGUCAAAUAUGAGGAAUUGAAGAAAGCGAUGUCGGUAAAUUACGUCGGUCUCGCAAUCGGCUGCAUCUUCUUCAUUCCCUUUGCGAAAAAGUACGGUCGACGCCCUGUCUAUAUUGUGUCGACAGCACUUAUGUUGGCGACAUUAUUUUGGGCAUCCAAAAUGAACAAUUUGACAGAACUGUAUGUGACCAACUUGCUGCAGGGUCUGGCUGGUGCAACCAACGAGUCGAUAGCUGCGAUAACCAUUGCCGAUUUGUUUUUCGUGCAUCAUCGGGGAAGUAUGAAUGGGGUCUACCUGACAUGUGUCAUGGUUGGUGCCUCACAGUAUGGCUGGCGCUCGUCUUAUCUGACAAUGGGAAUCUUCAACGGUAUCCUUUUUGUCCUCUUCCUCUUAAUUUACGAGGAAACGAAAUACGUCCCUGCGCUCACUGGGCGAGCAGACGCAACCCUUGAAGAAGACGACCUAGCUAUCUCAAUUAGAGAAGACGGCUUGGACAAAUUUGACUCGGCAUCUUGCGCCAAAGGCCCUUCUAUCACUGAACAGGCUCAUUCCCACCAUGUGCUGGACAUCACCAUACCGCAGAACUCAUGGCACAAGCGACUUGCCCUGACAACGCCAACACCAGAGCGAAUCUGGCAGUACUUCUAUAGCCCAUUCUGCGCGCUCAUCUUUCCGGCCGUGGCAUUUGCCGCGUUUCAAUACGCAGCCGGAGUAGCCUGGCUGACAGUAACCUCUAGCGUCUUAUCGCUCGUAUUCCCAAAGCCGCCUUAUCUCUUCUCGCCUGCUCAAAUCGGAUACACAAGUGCUGGUCCUCUAAUCGGGAACAUCUUUGGUGCAGUAUACGGCGGGUUCAUCGGUGAUCGGUCGAUUUUGUACUACGCAAAACAGAACAAAGGCUAUUACGAGCCGGAGAUGCGGUUGUACAUCUUACAUCUUCCGGCUAUCUUUAUGGCAGUCGAAAUCUGUAUUCUGGCCAAGGCUCUGUUGAUGAGUGCCUUCUUUGGGUUUGGCCUGGGCAGUAUUAGUGAUGCCGCAUUGGUAUUCGUCAUGGACAGUUACAGAGAGAUCACUGGUGAUGCUUUCACCGCGGUGGCAUUCGUGCGAAAUGCAGUCAGUAUUGGUAUUCCAUUCGCGAUCUCACCCUGGAUCCAGCGCAACGGCAUACAGAAUAUGUUUAUAGCGUGCGGAAUGAUGAGUCUAGUAAUUACUGGCACGAUCAUCCCAAUGAUCGUCUGGGGCAAGACUGCUCGGUGCGCAUUGACAGGCCGAUAUCGCGACAUGGUGAAGCACUGCCACGCUGGUUGA